AAAGCUUUCGCCAUCGAAGACUGCAGUUUACAUAGCUGUAGUUUGAUCAAACCAUGACGUGUAAACUGUAUCCCCAUCAUUUCGAAGCUUCGAACAUAGUACAUAAGGUUCGCCACAAGUUCUUCGGUUCAGUGUGAGUCCUCUGACGCUAGGAUAUCCUCGCUGCAUUCCUCGUCUCGCUAAAUCUAAAGCCGGUAUAUUCUUCGCAAUGGUGCUGCCUUUUGCCAUCGCGGCGUCGUUCAUAGCUGCUGCGGUGGCCUAUUUCACGUCCCCGAAUGAUCAAGAUCGGGCGGUCUGUGAGCUGCCUACGCCGCGGAGCACACUACCGCUGGUCAAGAACACGCUGGAUCUCGUGUUCAUACAGCGCGCAAGGAUCUACGACUGGAUCUUGGAGCAAUGCCGAGAGCAUAGAGGCCAACCGUGGCGUGUAAGGGUGCUUGGACGUCCUCCUGCUGUCAUCCUGAGCUCCCCGGAAGCCAUGGAGGAUGUCUUGAAGACGCAAUUCGACGUAUUCAUUAAAGGCCCUACCAUCUCAGAUAUUUCCCACGGACUACUAGGCGACGGCAUCUUCGUCGUGGACGGCAUUAAGUGGAAGCACCAACGCAAAACUGCGAGUAAUUUCUUCUCCAUGAACAUGAUCCGCGAUGCAAUGGAGAACGUGGUGCGCGAUCACAGCAAACUAUUGACGUCCACGUUGAACGAGGCAGUGGAGAAUGGAGAGACACUCAACAUCAAGCGCGUACUGGACUUGUUCACGAUGGAUAUCUUUACCAAAAUCGGCUUUGGAGUGGAGCUGCACGGGUUAGAGACUGGUGGUAACAGUGGCUUCAUGGAGGCUUUCGAGCGAGCAUCGAGUCGCAUUAUGGCACGAUUUCAGCAGCCCAUGUGCAUGUGGAAGCUCGCACGCUGGCUCAACGUCGGGGCGGAAAGGCAAAUGGCGAAAGAUGUAAAGCUCAUCAACGACGUAGUGUAUGAUGUCAUCCACCGUAAUUUAGAGGAGAAAGCGAGUCGAAAACGGAGUGGAGAAAACUCUAAUAGUUACCGUAAAGACCUCAUCUCACUCUUCCUCGAGAAAGCGAGCGUUAACUACAGCGAUGACGACCAAACUGAAAUAACCCCAACGAUGCUGCGGGAUAUGUCGAUGGUCUUCAUCUUCGCCGGACGGGACUCAACUUCCCUAACGAUGACGUGGUUUAUCAUCGAAAUGAAUCGCCUUCCGGAAGUUUUAGCGAAGGUACGACGUGAACUCGCCGACAAACUGCCAAAACUUGGUCGAGAUGGCGAUACUCCCAGCUUGGAUGACAUUGAUGACCUGGUCUAUUUAGAAGCCUCUAUUCGCGAGGCUAUCCGUCUCAAUCCAGUAGCUCCCGUAAUGCAACGGAUAGCUGCACAGGAUACGACGCUCUAUAACGGAACGUUUAUUAAAGCUGGCACGCGGAUCAUCCUGCCACACUAUGCAAUGGGGCGUCUCGAAACAGUGUGGGGGUCUGACGCAGAAGAGUUCAAACCUGAGCGGUGGAUCGACCAAGACACUGGCAAACUCAUCCAUGUUUCUCCAUACAAGUUCACAGCGUUUCUCGCUGGACCGCGCAUGUGUUUGGGCAUGCGCUUUGCCCUAGCAGAGAUGAAAAUCACUCUUGCGACGAUCUUCAGCAAGUUCGACAUCCAAACGGUGAACAACCCACUCGACUUCACAUACAUUCCGUCGGUAACAUUGCAAGUCAAAGGCCCCGUGAACGUCACGUUAUCUAAAACAACUCGAGCAACCUAGAGAUUUGCAAUGUUGCACAAUAGUACCAAACCCAGUGGUAACCCAGAUAAAUCCAUUUUUUUACCCAAUUUACCCACGUUGAAGUGAUCCA